CUAUAAAACUUGAAAUUCUAUACUUAUAACGUUUUUUUUUAAACUUACUCAUCACACAAUGAUUGCCAUCUCAAGUCGACAGCCAUAGUUGCCGGAUCAGCAGAAUAGGAAGGUUGUGUUUCUUUUGGUAUUUUUUCCAGUGUCUAUCGACACUAUCGCCGCAGCAGUGUUGCGAGACGCCGCGGAAAAAGUGCUGCGAAACUGCGCAGCGAAGAGUUUGCAAAAGGUAUUUUGUUGUUGUUCCGCUCGCGAGCGAAUCGAAUAACUAUACUAUGGAAUUUUAGUUUGCGGGAUUUUAGUUUAUCUAUGGCACCGCUUGGCACGCGAAUAUAAAACCGAUUCGUAUUUGAAAAACGAAAAGCACUCGAAAAGCAGCGGUUGAAAACCAGUCAAGUCCCAGUGAAGGCCAAACCAUCAUUGUUAUUAUUAUUUUUUAUUUUUUUAACCGCUGUGCGGGAGUGCGUGGUGUGAUUAAAGUGAAAGGAAGAAAGAAGUGAAUUCGAAGAAAAGAGGCAAUGACAACGUCGACAAUCAAGCCAUCGGGCAGCGAGGAAGUGCCACCGGCGGGGGUGAUGGGCGGUGUCGGAGAUGUGGGAGUGGCCGCCAGCCUGUCCAAACGCGAUUCCGAGGAGGAUACGUGGGCCUCCAAGGGGUAUAACUACAUAAAUCCGUUCGUCCAUCGCAUCGAAAUCGACAGUCACAUUGAGGUGGCCAAGAUCUAUGUGCUGACAGUGCUGCUGCUGCCCAUCCGCGUGGUGGGCUGCGUCCUCUCCCUGAUCUCCGCGUGGAUGUUCGCCUGCAUUGGUCUCUAUGGGAUGACACUGGAUGACCUCAAGGAGAAACCCCUUACCGGCUGGCGGAAACAUAUGCAAUGCAUGACGGCCCGAGGAAUGCGAAUGGUGUACACCUUCGGAUCGUUCCACUAUGUGUCGAUGAAGGGACGAGCGGCGACACCGAAGGAGGCACCCAUUCUGGUGGUGGCGCCGCACUCCUCCUACGUGGACUCCAUCCUGGUCGUGGCCAGUGGCCCGCCCUCGAUAGUGGCCAAGCGGGAGACGGCGGACAUACCGCUGCUGGGGCGCAUCAUCAACUAUGCCCAGCCCAUCUAUGUGCAGCGCGAGGAUCCCAAUUCGCGGCAGAACACCAUCAAGGACAUUGUCGAUCGGGCCCGUUCCUCGGACGACUGGCCGCAGGUGGUCAUCUUCGCCGAGGGCACCUGCACCAACCGCACCGCCCUGAUUAAGUUCAAGCCAGGUGCCUUCUAUCCCGGUGUUCCCGUGCAACCGGUGCUCUUGAAAUAUCCCAACAAAUAUGACACCUUCACAUGGACUUGGGAUGGACCCGGCGUGUUACGUCUUCUCUGGCUGACGAUGACGCAGUUUUACAACCGGUGCGAGAUUGAGUAUCUGCCCGUGUACACGCCGUCGGUGGAAGAAAUUGCCGAUGCCAAUCUGUAUGCCAACAAUGUGCGCGAGGUGAUGGCCAAGGCCCUGGGAGUACCCACCUCAGACUAUUCCUUCGAGGACGUUAUUGUGAUGAGCCGGGCCCGCGACAUGAAGAUCCCCUUUCCCGGCGACAUCGUGGAGAUCGAGAGGACCAUCGAGAAGCUGGGCCUGAUCGAGAGUCAUCGCGAUGCGGAGCUGACCAAGGAAUUCCUCCGGCUGGCCAACACAGACAGGCUGGACAUCAUCACGUUUGCCGAGCUGCUCCAGGUGGAUCUCAAAAACACCAAUCUGCACAAGCUCUUUGCCCUGCUCGAUCACCGACGCAUGGGCACAGUGAGUUUGAAGAGCUUCCUGCUCUGCUCCCUCUUCUGCAAAUUGAAGAAUUCCGAACUGUUGACCUUCCUGCGUGCCCUCAUCCACCUCUAUAGCGAAUCUAGUCAGCGAAUCGACAGGGAGAGCUUUGUUCGCCUAAUGAGACAUGCUGGCGGCAAGCUAAAUGAACAAAAGGCGCAGGCGCUCUUCUAUGCGCUUGAUACUGAUAAUCUGGGCUAUGUCUCCUUUGAUACCUUUGUGGAGCACACGGAGAAGCAAAAAUCGAGCUAUAAAUUCCUCUAUCACAAAUCGGAGCACAUAAGGCGACCGAAGGCAGUCACAACGCCCGCCAACAACUGAAGAGGGAGCACACUUGUGUGCGAUUUAGGCUAAAGGCCUUGAAGCUGGCGGACGAUGACGAUGACGAGGAGUAACCAAGAAGAGAAGAACCCAACCUAAGCAGAAUGUUCAACUGUCGAGUGUAUAUUUUUAAUAUUUAUUUAUCGUGUAACGCGCGUGUCCUGGCACCCAUAUAUUGUAAUUAAUAUUAUUUCUAUUAUUAUUACUACCAUAGUUUCUUGUAAAACAAAUGCUCAGAGCACAGAGUUUCGGAUCUGAUUGCGACCAGCUUUUUUAUUAUUUAUACUCGGACUCUAAACGCAAGUCAUUUCAUCUUUGUGAUUCUUAUUAUACACACUUACGUUAUAUAUACACAUAUACUUAAUUAUAUAAAGCAUAUGUAAACAAGUUUGUAUUUUAUGUAGAGGCAGGCGGCAGGCGAAGCAACCAUCGCAGCCCCAUUUCCAUGGCCAAAAAUGAGUAAAGAAACCACAAAGAAUUGUAUGGCAAGCCAUAGGUAUAAGAUAUAACAGAAGCUCUCCCUUUUUGAUCCCACUCAUCGCCAGAAUACACCACCAAGAAGAAGACCACACAGAACAAUGGAACUGCGAUCGAAAACGAUCAUAACCAACACCACUAACUAACCAACAAACCAACCAACCAAAACUGAACAACCACCAAGCACACUGAACGAAAUCAUAUUGUAAAACCAUCCUAAAAAGUAUAAAGACCAAUGUCACAGAAAUGCUUUUUAAACUUAAACUCUAGCUCAACUAAAUUUAUUAGUUGAAUUAAAUUAUUGAUGAUAUUGAUAUUGGACUUGUUAAUCAUCAGAUUUCGAUUUUACAUUUGAUCUUGCACUAGAUUAUUUCUAUUUAAUUUGGCGAUUAUAAGAUUUUAGCUUUGUUCAUGAGCAUUCUAAUCAUUAUUGAUGUAUAAUGUAUUCUUUUGGACUUGAUUGUAUCAAAUAUGAACCUAACUUUUUGUCCUGCACUAGAAUAUUUUAAUUUUAAUAUUUUGUUCUUGAGCAUUCUAAUAACAUUUUGCAACACUUCAUUUUGCUGAAUUUGAAUUUUAAGGAUCUCUGAUCUGUUUUACACUUAACUUCAGUUCUAUGUGUCCUGAGAGCAAAUGAUCAGUCAUUUUGUUAUCGAAUUUUGUUAUCGAACAUUUCUUGUGCAUUUGCAAACCACACGGCGAACUUAUGUAUAGACUUUCAAAACUGCACCUGGCACCGAGAGCAAAAAUCUAUGUAGAGCACAGCCCGUACUUAAGUCAACACACAAAACAACACCCCCCACACACACAGAGAGUCUGUUCUAUAUAUGUUAUUGAAAAAGAAAAAACACCAGUAAAUGUGUAAUUGCAAAGAAAAAAUCUGCAAUAGGAACGUGGCUCUUUCGAAUUUGAUUAUGAUAUCGAAAGAGCAACAACAGAAGGAACUCCGUAGUUUUUACAUUUUGAGAAGAACUAAACCUAAGCUAAAAAAGAACUUAUUUAUGUAUGUAUGUGCUAUUGUAAUAGAUAUUAUUAGCGCCCUAAGCCAGCACCGAGAGCAAACCCAAAUCGGCUGAGAAAUCUGCUCAAAAAAAUGAAAAAUAUAUAAAUAUAUAUGUGUGUACGAUUUUAAA